AUGGCACAAAGCCAAAAUGGGAAGAAGCCAAUAGAUUGGCACCAAACCCAUGAUCAAGUUUUGUGGGCAUGUAGAACAUCCCUAAAAGAAGCCACAAAUGCUACACCUUUUCGACUAACUUUUGGACAUGAUGCCAUUCUAUCGAUCGAAGUCUAUUUGAAGUCGACCAGAAUUCAGAGACAAGCAAAAAUUCCAUCAGAGCAUUAUUGGAAAAUGAUGCUAGAUGAAUUAGUGGAUUUAGACGAAGAAAGAUUGGCGGAAUUGGAUAUGUUAAUUAGGAAAAAGCAAAGAGUGGCGAAAGCAUAUAAUAAGAAAGUGAAAGCAAAGGCAUUUGCAGUUAACAAUUGCGUCGGGAUGGUAAUUUUUUUACCUAUGGAUCAAAAGGAUAAGUCAUUAGGUAAAUGGUCUUCUAAUUGGGAAGGGCCAUUUCAAAUAAUUCGAUUAUUUACAAAUAAUGCUUAUAAGAUUGAAGAAUUAUCUUCAGAUUGUCGAAUCUUGAGAGUAAAUGGAAAGUACUUAAAAAGGGAUCUAAUUCAAAAUGCUAUCAGGGACGGUCGUUUGAAGUUCGUUGACAAAGGAAAAAACAACAUGAAGGUUGAUGCUGAUCCCCUCAAUGUUGCUGACACCAAUCAUGUUGAACCUGUUGACAUUAACAUGGUGGAUGUGUCCGAGGAUGAUAUCACGAGUGGGAGAUGGUUUCAACACGAAAGCAAGCUACUGAAAGCCAAGGUAACAAUAUGA